AUGGGUAGACCCAAGUUCUCCCAAAGUCGAUGGCGACAAGCUGCGUUUUACUUCGCCGUGGCAGCCUUCUCAACUUUUUUCCAUCAACUUUGUAUUCACACUAUGGGCGAGCAUCCAGAAACGUGA